AUGGGAGAAUUGAUGCUUUUUGUGCGAACGCUGGGAUUGUUGAUAAGAGGUAAGGAGGUCGGACUAUACGUGAAGCAGUUGGUUGAUGAGUGCAGCUCGAUAUACAUAUUCGAACAUCGCAAUUCGGACAAAAUACCACCCAAGCCUGAUCUUUCAUGUACGGAUAUCGACUACAAGGGCGUUGUGUACGGUACCCAAUUAGCAAUCCAUUUCAUGCGAAAGAAUAAGGCACCGGGCGGAAAGAUUGUGGCGACAGCCAGUGUUGCGGCCAUUGUUCCUCACGAGUCAUAUCCCGAGUACGAUGGGGCGAAAGCAGCAGUGGUGAACUUUGUCCGAGCGACGGCGCGCAUACUGAAAGACAAAGAAAACAUUACCAUUAAUGCGAUAUGUCCAGGUCAGUCAAAGAAGCUGCUCGUCCAGCGCGAAACAAUCUCGAAGCUGACGAUUCUAGGCAUUGUUCAGACGUCCAUCAUCCCGCAGGAAAUGGUAGACGCUGUUUCGCCAGAGUGCUUGACACCCAUAUCGAAUGUCGUGAGUGCCUAUGAGCGCUUCCUAGAUGACGACUCGCUGUAUGGUCGUGUGCUUGAAUGCUCGGCCGAGAAACAAUUCUUUCUCGAGCCACCGGCUCUCGCGAAUGGCUAUGUCUCCAGACGUGCGGUGACGGUCUGGGAUCCGCUAUUCCAGGCAUGUCACAAAGAAAACUCGGGACUUUCCGACGCGAUACCAUGA